UAAUGUCAUCAAAGGAUGACCGGUUUACUGGUAAUGCCAGUGCGCUGUCAAGAAAGCCAAAGUGCGGCAAACGGAAACGAGGGUCCGACGAAGCUCUGGACGAACAGUCGGAUGUAGCAGGCAAAGAAGAUGAUGUAACCACCACAAGAGGCGAACCCGUCUCUCAAUAUGGAAAGCAACCCAAGGCCGCAGUUGAACGGCCGGCGGCCUUCACGGAUCUUGAAAAGACACACCGGGCCGUCAACGUGGUCGUCACCUUCUGCGGGACCCGAAAGCAUCUUGCCACGACUUUCGACACAAUCAAGUCUUCAGUCGAAUCCCAUACGGGGAAACCAUUAACUGUGGAAGACGUGGCGGCUAUUGCUGCAAUCAGACCGGAAGGGCUCAGGUUUGCAUAUGUCGACGAAGUCAUACUCCAGACGGACAUCAGGGGCGGCGAGCGCGAUGAAAUCUUCAAGUCCGGCAGGCCCAAGAGCCUACGUGCACAAGGUCCCGCCCCAGACGCUUCGAUAGGGGGAGUAUCGGGGCUGGAAAGCCUGGACCGCCACCCCGACGAGCAAGUCGAGAGUGGGAAGGAGGUGCUCUUCAUCGAGUUCAUCGAUGGCGACUUGAAACGUCAGGUUCCGGACAGGAAGACGGGUGAACCUACAAAGCCGAACCGGAAGCUGAGGGAAGAAACUCUGAGAAUGCCGGUGUACAGUCAGAAGCAAAUGCUGCAGUUGAUUGAGAGACGGAACCAGAAGUUCGCGAACAGUAUCAAUCUGUUUCUCAAUCGCUGUCUGUCGAACAACUUGGAUCCCGGCGAGACCCUGCGACGUGAAGCUGAAGCCUAUAUUCCCGUCCCUUCGGUUCCCGAGAAUUUCUCUCAUGGCCCGGAGCUCGGCACGCUUCCCGAGACGAUCCCAUCCGAACGGAAAAGCAUACCGGAGAUAGUGCAGGAGCUCAAAGACAGCCCCUGGUAUACAGGUCAGAUCGUCCCCGACGGUCACAGGGUUUUCGAAGCCCAAGAGGCGGCCAUUGGAUACCUGGAUUUUCUCCUUAGCCAAGACCUCGUCAAUGCUUUGUACAAUGCGAAAGGCAUCGCCCAGUUCUAUGCACAUCAGGCCGAUGCCCUUAAUAGUCUCCAUCAGGGAAAGCAUGUGGUAGUGUCAACUUCUACAAGCUCCGGGAAGUCGCUGAUCUACCAACUUCCCGUCCUCUACGCCCUCGAACGUGAUCUCAACACCAGAGCAAUGUAUAUCUUCCCCACGAAGGCACUGGCACAGGACCAGAAGAGGAGCUUAAAAGACAUGAUGGCGUACAUGCCAGGGAUGGAAGAACUUCUCGUGGAGACAUUCGACGGCGACACACCCAUGGCCGAGCGCAACACCAUACGGGAACAAGCCAGGGUCAUUUUCACCAAUCCGGACAUGCUACACAUUACGAUUCUACCUCAGGAGGAACGAUGGAGAACCUUUCUGCAGAAUCUGAAGUAUGUGGUCGUUGAUGAGUUGCAUUACUACAAUGGAUUGAUAGGAUCACAUAUGGCCUUCAUCAUGAGACGACUGAGACGUAUUUGCGCCGCCGUGGGAAACCGACACGUCCAGUUCGUUUCCUGCUCGGCCACAGUUGCCAACCCCGAGGAGCACUUUAGGACUGUAUUCGGCAUUGGCAACGUCCGGCUAAUCGACUUUGACGGGUCCCCUUCGGGCCGCAAGGAGUUUCUGUGCUGGAACACCCCCUAUCGGGACCCGGGAGAUCCGGCCAGUGGACGCGGAGACGCCAUGUUCGAGUGCGCCCGGUUGUUCUGCCAGCUUGUUCUCCGUGGCGUCCGCACCAUUGCCUUCUGUCGCGUCCGUGAACAAUGCGAGAGACUUGUCAACGCUGUCAAGCAGGAACUGGAGUCGCUUGGGAGACCGGAAUGCAUGGCCCGGGUGAUGGGCUAUCGUGGGGGCUACACUGCUCAGGACCGACGUCGCAUCGAAUCGGACAUGUUCGAGGGAAAGCUGCUCGGCGUUGUGGCAACGACUGCCCUUGAACUGGGGAUCGAUAUCGGAACGCUGGAUUGUGUCCUGACCUGGGGGUUUCCCUACACGAUUGCAAACCUACGCCAGCAGAGCGGCCGGGCCGGGCGCAGAAACAAGGAUUCGCUGUCUAUUUUCGUUGGAGACAGUUUCCCGACGGACCAAUAUUACAUGCAGAAUCCGGACGAACUAUUCACGAAACCCAAUGCUGCGCUCCAGGUGGACUUGGAGAGCUUGUUGGUGCGGGAAGGGCACAUACAGUGCGCUGCCUACGAGAUGCCCAUCAACCCUGAGGAGGACGCCCAGUACUUUGGUGCUGAUCUACCCCGGGUUUGCGAUGAGCGGCUGCUCAAGGAUGUCUCUGGUUUCUACCACUGCCAUGACAGGUUUCGUCCCGUCCCUUCUCGAUUCGUCGCUAUACGUGAUGCCGAGGAGGAGCACUUUGCCAUCAUCGACAUCACACAUGGGAAGAACACCGUACUGGAGGAGCUCGAGGCGUCGAGGGCUACGUUUACGGUAUACGACGGGGCCAUCUUCUUACACCAGGGGAACAAAUAUCUUGUCCGAGACUUUCAGCCAGAUCGACGCAUCGCUCGCGUAGAGAAGGUCAACGUGGAAUGGACGACACAGCAGCGCGACUUCACAGACAUCGACCCCAUCGAGACGGAGGCCAUCAAGCGUAUCGCGGGGUCUCUCUCGAAGGCCUUCUACGGGACCAUCAAAAUACAGCAAACCGUCUUCGGGUUCUUCAAAGUAGACAAGAGGAAGCGCGUCAUCGAUGCCGUCCAGGUGGACAACCCCCCCGUUAUACGCUACGGCAAGGGGAUGUGGCUCGACGUACCGAAGCAGGCGCUCGAAAUCCUGGCGGUGCGGAGACUGCACGUGGCGGCAUCGAUCCACGCCGCGGAGCACGCCAUCCUCAGCCUGAUGCCCAACUUCGUCAUCAGCAUGCCGGGCGACGUGCGCACCGAAUGCAAAGUGGCGCUCAAGGAGUUCGCGAAGCGGGAGACGCAGAGGAAGCGGCCGGGCCGGCUGACGUUUUACGACGCCAAGGGAGGCGCCGGGGGCUCCGGGAUCAGCACGAAGGCCUUUGAGCACAUUGACCACCUCCUGAAGCAGGCCCUGACGCGGGUCGAGGCGUGUUUCUGUGAGCGAGGCUGCGUCGAGUGCGUGGCUUCCGAGAUGUGUAUGGAGUCUAACGAGGUGAUGAGCAAGGCCGGUAGUCAGGUCAUCCUGAAGAGCCUGCUGAACUUGGAUAUAGAUCUGGAAGUGCUGCCUAUGGGGCCUGAGGAGCAUAGUCCGGCGGGGAUUGAGACUGUCGUCGUGGCUCAGCCGGUGCCGCCGAGGGACCGGAGUGCUCUGCAAGGGAACAUGGAGAAGGAAGGAGAUGCUGUGAAAAGCUGA